CAUUGUGCGGAGUGAUCUGAUGCGGACUACACCCAGCCGCUGCCUCACUGCCGUGGCUUUCUUUGCUGCCCCAGCCUUGGCGUUGGUCAGCGUCGAAGUGCGGGUUAGAUUGGAAACUCUAAAUUCGUCUGCGGGGUUUCUUCCAAUUUGGCUGUCUCUUGUUUGGCAACCAUACUCCCAAAACUGUAGGGAUUUUUAUUUAGCAUCAAUUUCUUGAAUAUGUCUUGGCAAAGCUACGUGGAAAACCUGAUGGCCGAUGGCAGCUGUCAGGAUAGCGCCAUUGUUGGGUAUACGGACGCCAAAUAUGUUUGGGCAGCACAUGCCGGUGGUACUUUCAACAAUAUCACGUCUCAAGAAAUUGAUGUCCUUAUCGGGAAGGACAGGGAGACCUUUUAUACCAGCGGUCUCACUCUGGGCUCAAAGAAGUGUUCAGUCCUCAGAGACAGCCUCCAGGAUGAUGGGGACUGGACAAUGGACAUCAGGACAAAGAGCCAAGGAGGAGAACCUACAUACAAUAUCUCUGUGGGGAGAGCUGGAAAAGUUUUGGUUCUUGUAAUGGGCAAGGAAGGGGUCCAUGGAGGCGGAUUGAAUAAGAAGGCUUACUCAAUGGCAAAAUACUUGAGGGAUUCAGGGUUUUAAUGUUUUCAAGCUCGCUUAGAUAAAAUUGAGGGACAAAAAGAAGAGAAAAGAAAUAUUGCUGUUAAGAUUUCUCCUGCAAGCAGUCAAAUGUCUUGGAAACUUUUAAUAGCAAUGAAGAGUGGUAAGAUACUGUUUCACCUUUGUUCCCCCCUUCAUCCUGGAGGGGGGAGACUCUUCAAAUUUGUUCAUUUCUCUUUUUUCCCUUGUGUGCUCCAGUAUUGGUUUUAGUCAUGGGAAAGGAGGCAGUCCAUGGUGGAAAUCUUAACAAGAAAGCACAUUCAAUGGCUGAUUACCUGAGGAAGUCUGGAUAUUAAGCAACCUCUCCACCUAUCCAUCAACUUAGCAGCGCACUCCCACCCACUGCAUUGUGUUGACACUACUUCCAGGAUUAGAUGGCAUACAAUGUUACUUCCUCUCCAGUCUACUUUUAUACACAGCCUUUUGUUUGCUGCACUCCCUGCAAGUUUCUUUUUUUUUUUUUUUAAAUAAUAAACCUUCCCCACUUAACAUUGUACUUCUCAUGUUUUUGGCACUACAGUAAUGGCAUGUUCAUUGAGGUGUUUAUUAACUAAAAGAAAAAAAGGUUCACAAAGUGUAACGCAGUUUUGGACUUGCCUUGACUUUACUUAGAAACUGGUGAAUUUUCUAAGGGGAAGUACACAUGUAAUAGUGGUGAUAGUUUGCAUAGUUAUGCUUUGUGAGCAUUAUUAAAAGAUGCCAGUGUUCUGUUUUUUUGUUUUUGUUUUCUCUCAUCAGCAUGUGGGCAUUUAAAAGUUGCAUGCAUACCUUCUCUGUCCCAGCGUAAUAUUCCAGCCAAAACCAUCUUCUCAUCUGCCUCCAUCAAAGAAGAUUUCCUCUGACAAAGUCCUGUAUGUGUAUAUCAAUUUACCACCCUCAAGCACACCUUCUUUUACCCUUCAUCACAUGCUCUUGCUGUUGUACCUGAAUGUGGUCUUAAAAGUUAAUGAUGUGGUGUUGGGCUGUUGUUUGAGUGUAAUGUUACGGUCAGCAUUGCUGAGGUCUCAAAGAUAAUGUCAUGAUACUUCACCACAUCCAGGAGUCUCAGUGGACAUUCCACCUCUGUUACAGCUAAAUCAUAUGUCAGUUAACUUCUGAUAUUUGUAUUUUAUUUUUCCUGUUAAUCAUUACACAUAUGUGAGGUUUUUUUAAACCCCUCCCUGUUGGACCAAUUGUCAAUGUAAGAGGAUUAUCAGAAUUACUUCACUUUAUUCUGAUUGAUGAUUGUUGGCAUCACCUGUUGACUGUAAAACAUUAAGACAACUUCAGAUGACUGUAAAAAAAACUAUACUGCAUUCUUUGACAUCAACACUACUCAAACUUAUCACUAAUUGAUUUGUUGCUAACUUCAUAUUCAUUAACCAAUGAAACAGCAAUGUCAUUUUACUACAGUAUGAAUACAUUUUGACUGUAAACCCAGGCUGUUGGGCUGCAACAACUUGGAAUUAUUUGCCUUGUGAUUUAGUCAUCAAAAGUGUAUUCACAAAUUGUCAUAGUACGGUACUUAGAAGUAUAUUUAAAAGAAAAAAAGAUGCUGUGUACACUAAACAUAUUGAAAAUGGUGUUGGUUGGAAUAAGAACAUUUGUAAGUUGUCUUGUGAAAAUUUCUGAGAAUAACUGUGUAUUCUGUGCCAUAAAAUCAAUCUGAUCUGUUGCUACUACAGUUGGAUUUUUAACUGCUUCCCCAUCAAGAAGUAACUUUUAAUGGCACUUUCCUAAGGGAUAUUUUGGCAUCAGUAAUCUCCAGACUUUGUGGAAUAUGUACAGAAUUAAACAACAGAAAAAUAA